AUGUCUCAGGAACCUAGGACAUACUCUCUUUUGCUGUUCCUUUUUCUGAGCCAUGCAGUGGCAAGUCAUGGAGUUCCAGAUUCCCGGCAGGAUUUGCCUCCUUUGUUGCAAAAAAUGGCGGAAGAAAUAAUAGAUGGAAGCUACCUGAAGGCCUUGCUGGAUCUCAUACAGUUUCAAAGCUCCCAUGUGUGGACGGCAGACCUGUCCCACAGAGUCGUGGCCUAUCUGAAUUCACGGAACGUUGCCUUCACCAUCCCCAGCCUGCAGGCAGUCAUGGAACACCACCUGGAACAAUGUUUGUACCAGCCCUGGAAACUGCUGGAGGACCUGAGGGGAACCGACGCUCAGCAAUUCCGCACUGCCAUGAAAUGUCUCUUAGAAGACAAGAAGGACCGCUUGGAGCUGGAUGACAUCACGGUUGACUUGGGAGAGAUUCGGAAACAAGCCUUGCAGAGCCCGGGCGUGAACCGCAGCCUGUUUCUCAUCACGCUGGAGAGGUGUUUCCAGGUGCUGAACCCCCUGGAGUGUGUGGAGAUCCUGGGCAGGGUGCUAAGGGGCUCCUCAGGCCACUUUCUCCAGCCGGAUAUCACGGAGAGGCUCCCCCGGGACCUGCGUGAAGAUGCCUUCAAGAACCUGUCUGUGGUGUUCAAAGAUCUCUACGACCAAACCUCGGCCCAUUCCCAGAGGGCUGUCUACUCCUGGAUGACUGGGAUUUUGCAGACAUCUUCCAAUGGCACUGAUAACUCUGUUUCAUGGGUCAGUGCAGAAAACUUAUGGAUUUUGGGCAGAUAUAUGGUUCACCUAUCCUUUGAAGAAAUUAUGAAUAUUAGUCCUAUAGAAAUUGGGCUGUUUAUCAGCUAUGACAACGCCACCAAGCAGCUGGACACGGUUUAUGACAUCACACCUGAACUGGCCCAGGCAUUUCUGGAGAGAAUCAGCUCCUCCAACUUUGAUGUGAGGAAUACCUCUACCAUCCACAGGCAAGGGGCGUGGGCAUUGGAUCCUUUCCCUGGCCUGCUGGGGCUGCUGGUUUGCUUCUACGAUGACCUGGAGCUGCUGGACGCCGCUGUGGCCCAAGUCCUCCUUCACCAGAUGAUCAAGUGCAGCCACCUGCGGGGCUUCCAGGCUGGUGUUCAGAAGCUCAAAGCCGACCUCCUGGAAAUUGCCACAGAGAACCAGACCCUCAACGAGACCCUGGGCUCUUUGUCGGAUGCAGUCGUGGGCUUGACCCACAGUCAGCUGGAAUCCCUCUGCCCUGAGGCUGUGCACGGCGCCAUCUCGACCCUCAACCAGGUCUCGGGCUGGGCCAAGAGCCAGGUCAUCAUCUUGUCUGCCAAAUACCUGGCCCAUGAGAAGGUGCUGUCCUUCUACAACGUCAGCCAGAUGGGCGUGCUACUGGCUGGGGUGGGCACCCAGGCCUUCCACGCCAUGGACCGCAGGGACCUCAUGCAGCUCCUGAGAAGCACCAUCUCCCUGCACGUGUCCGACUUGUCACCUGCCCAGCAGCACGGUGUCUUGAGCAAGGUGAUGGAAGCAGGAGAUACCGCCUCGGGCAUUGUGGAAAUACAAGGGGCUUUCUUUAAGGAAGUGUCUCUCUUUGAUUUAUGGAGGGAACCUGGAUUCAACUCCACAGUCCUGAAAGAGAAGGAGCUCCGGCGGAGUCAGGCCUUGUUCCUGUUUGAGCUUCUGUCAAAGACAACCAGGCGGCCCGAGGAGCUCUUGAGCGCAGGGCAGCUGGUCAAAGGUGUGAUGUGCUCCCACAUUGAGGCCAUGAGCGUGGACUCCUUUCUGGCUCAUUUCCAGUAUUUUGAGAACAACUUCUCUCUGCUUUCACCGUAUCAGAUUAAUUGUUUGGCGUGGAAAUACUGGGAAGUUUCCAGGUCCUCUAUGCCACCCUUCCUCUUGGCUACACUCCCGGCUCGCUACCUGGCUUCUGUCCCAGCCUCCCAGUGUGUGCCCUUUCUGAUCAGCCUGGGGAAGAGUCAGUUGGACUCCUUGGUUUUAGAUUCCCACAAAAAGAAUUCAGUCCUCAAGAAAGUACAGCAGUGCCUGAAUGACUCCGUUGCUGAUGAGUACACCGUGGACAUCCUGGGAAACUUGCUCUGUCACUUGCCAGCGGCCGUCAUCCACCGUGGGGUGUCCCCUAGGGCCUGGGCCACUGCCCUGCACAGCCUCAGAGACUGCCUGGACCUCAGCCCCCAGCAGAAGGUGGCAGUGAGGCUCAGGCUCUUGGAACAGCACGGACUCCCCCAGAACUGGACAGCUGAGACUACAAAGGAUUUGGGACCCUUUCUAGUACUUUUCUCAGGAGAUGAAUUAAGCUCUGUUGCCACAAAGUUUCCUGACAUCCUUCAGCAAACAGCUUCCAAGAUGGCUGGGACUUUGCCCCCCAAAGAAUUCCUCCAGGCUGUCUUUGAAUCUGUUCGGAACAGCAGUGAGGAGAGCCCCACCUCUGACCGCAGCCCUGGUUGCCAUGGAGUCUCGGCUCCCUCCUCCAAUGACAUCAUCAAGCUGGCUGAAGCCAACGCCUGCUGGGCCCCCGAGGGCCUGCUCUGCCUGGGGGAGGAUGCGUUCCUCAGGAGCGUGGAGCUGCUGGGGGCCGUCAGGAGCUUCAGCCCAGCUCAGCUGAGGACCCUGAAGGAGAAGGCAGUACAGGUUUGGGACACGCCUUCGUACUGGAGAGAGUACCAUCUCGUCUCCCUGGGGCGCAUCGUUCUGGCUCUUACUGAGAGCGAGCUUGAGCAGUUGGAUCUCAGCUCCAUCGACACUGUGGCUUCCCUCAGCCAGCAGACAGAGUGGACCCCAGGACAGGCUAAAUCCAUUCUGCAAGGGUUCCUGGAGGAUUCAGGCUAUAGUGUCCAGGAUCUGAAGAGCUUCCACUUAGUAGGACUUGGUGCAACCCUGUGUGCCAUGAACAUCACCGAAAUCUCACUUAUAAAGAUCUCAGAAUUCAGGGUGGUGGUGGCCAGAAUUGGGACCCUGGUCUGCAGCACCCACGUCUUGGCAGAGUUUAAGAGGAAGGCAGAAGUUGUGUUUGGGGGGCCCACCGAGUGGUCCAGCUCUGUCCUGCAGGAGCUUGGGACCAUUGCAGCUGGAUUAAGUAAGGAAGAGCUCCGAAUGCUUGACAAGGAUUUGAUGCCAUAUUUCCAGCCAUCAGCAAUCAGAUGCCUUCCUGAUGAGAUAUUCAAAGAGCUGUCCGCGGAGCAGAUCGCCUUCUUGGGCCCGGAAAACGCCGCGGCCGUGACCCCAGCCCAGCGCCGGCAGCUCAGCAUGUUGCAGCUGCAGAGCCUCCAGCAGGCGCUAGAUGGCGCCAAGACGCGCUCCUGGCUGGACGCGCCUCCGAGCGCCAGCCCCACUCGGACCCCCGCCUCUCUUUCUCCUCCAGGAGCCUGGGUCUCCCAGGGUCUUGGGCUGGGCUGCCCUCUGCUGGUCCUGAUGCCCAGGCUCGUGUGGUGAGUGGCAUUUGCGCAUUGCCCUGGGGCCCAGGCAGCCGCCCAGGGCACGUGGAGACCGUGGGCGCUGCAGACGGUGGGAGUCCCGCACCCCGACUCAGAGCCUCAGUGGGGGCAGGGAGACCCCGGGGCCUUGGAAUUGAAGAGGCGCUAAAAGGAAGAAUAAUUGUUGAAAAUGCUCUCGCACGUUCUUAACCUGGCUCGUGUCCUCAGCGGGGAGGCAUUCUCUGCCUCAUUUCAGUCUCCCUAGUUUUCCAGCUUGGAGACAGAGAAGCUGGGGAGGGAGGGGUGUUUCCUGUCAAAGCAUGAAGACCUUGGUACAAGUCACUGCCCUCCCUCCAGAGGGAGAUGCCGGAGAGCAGUGGGUGCAGGCAAAGGCGCCGUUUUUGCCAGGGCCUGAUAUGGCUUCAAUUCUGGCUUAAUUUCCCCUCCUUGGAGCUAUGGGGUGCAUUGGAUUUCUCCUUCUUGGAUACUUCGCAGAGCUGAAAUAAAUGAAUCCCGCAACAGACGCCAAUACU